AUGGCCCGGGCGGAGGCCGUCAGGGCGGCGGCGCUGUUCGCGGGCUGCUGGGCGCUGGGCCUGGCGCUGCUCGGUGCCCGCUCGGCCACCGCGUCCAAGGCGGUGACGGCGCACUUGGCCGCCAAGUGGCCCGAGACCCCGCUGCUGCUGGAGGCCAGUGAAUUUAUGGCAGAAGAAAGUAAUGAAAAAUUUUGGCAGUUUGUGGAAACAGUACAAGAAUUAGCAAUUUAUAAGCAAACAGAAUCAGAUGUCUCUUAUUACAACUUAAUCCUGAAGAAAGCUGGGCAGUUUUUAGACAAUUUACACAUCAAUCUCUUAAAGUUUGCUUUCUCCAUAAGAACAUACUCUCCGACUAUUCAGAUGUUUCAACAGAUUGCGGCUGAUGAGCCCCCACCAGUCGGGUGUAAUGCGUUUGUGGUUAUCCAUCAGAGGCAUACCUGUAAGAUUAAUGAGAUUAAGAAGCUGCUGAAGAGGGCCUCUUCCAGGCCAAAACCUUAUCUGUUUGCAGGUGAUCAUGAAUUUCCUACAAACAAUGAGAAUUUACCAGUGAUUAUUCUCUAUGCAGAAAUAGGUACAAGAGCAUUUGCUGAAUUUCACAAAGUAUUGUCUGAAAAAGCUAAAAAUGGUAAAAUUCUAUAUGUUCUUCGCCAUUAUAUUCAGAAACCAAACACACGGAAAAUGUACUUAUCUGGCUAUGGCGUGGAGCUAGCAAUUAAGAGUACAGAAUACAAAGCAUUGGAUGAUGUCCAAGUUAAAACUGUGACUAACACUACUGUGGAGGCUGAGACAGAAGCAGGCGAAGUUCAAGGCUUUCUCUUUGGGAAACUAAAAGAAAUAUAUUCAGAUCUUAGAGAUAAUCUGACAAAGUUCCAAAAUUACCUGAUUGAGAGUAACAAAGAAAUGAUGCCUUUGAAAGUCUGGGAACUCCAAGACCUAAGUUUCCAGGCAGCGGCUAAAAUCAUGUCCACUCCCACUUACGAUGCCAUAAAACUGAUGAAAGACCUUUCACAGAACUUCCCUACAAAAGCCAGAUCUCUGACCAGAAUUGCUGUAAAUCAACUAAUAAGGGAGGAAAUACUGGAAAAUCAAAAGGAUCUCCAUAAUAGAUUUGGAAUUAAGCCAGGUGAUGCUCGUUUGUACAUAAAUGGUCUUCUUGUUGAUAUGGAUGUUUAUGAUCCUUUCAGCAUUUUGGAUAUGCUAAAAUCUGAAGGAAAACUGAUGAGUGGCCUUCAAAACCUUGGGUUCCGUGGAGAAGCUAUGGACGCAUUUUUUAAGUUGAGCUCUGCAGUAAGGGAGGACGACUAUGUGUUGGACGUCCGGCACCCGUCUGUAGUGUGGAUUAAUGACUUAGAAAAUGAUGCUUUGUAUGCAUCUUGGCCUUCAAGUUGCUGGGAACUUCUGAAGCCACCAGUUCAUGACAGUAUACCUUCCAUAAGGCGCAACUUUCAUAAUUUGGUUUUGUUUAUUGACCCUACUCAAGCAUAUACCUUGGAUUUUAUAAGGCUUGCUGCCCUUUUCUAUUACAAUGAAGCUCCUCUUAGAAUUGGUUUUGUAUUCAUUCUUAAUACAGAUAAUGAAGUUGAUGGAACAAAAGAUGCUGGAGUUGCUCUUUGGCGAGCUUUCAACUAUAUUGCAAAAGAAUAUGAUAUGUCAGAAGCAUUUGUUUCCAUGAUACAUAUGUACGAAAAAGUGAAGUCCCAGCAUGUACUCACUGUGGAUGAUGUGAUGAGUGUUCUUCAAAAUAAAUGCCCAGAUAGUAAUAUUUUGGAGAUUUUAGGACUUUAUUCCAAAUAUGAUUCUGAAAGAAAGGCAGGAGCAAGCUUUUAUGGGAAGACUGGCUUAGGUCCUUUGCCCCAGGCUCUUUAUAAUGGUGAGCCGUUUAACCACAAAGAGAUGACUAUUGAAGAAUUAGAAGUGGCUCUUCUCAGAAAGAUGAUGCGUACAUCCAUAAAUUUGCAAAGAAAUGUUGUGAUGGGCACAUUAAAUGACCAAAUCGAUGUAAUUAAUUUCCUAAUGGAUAAGAAUAAUGUUGUACCCCAUAUGAAUUCUUUGAUUUUGCAUACUGAGCCACGGUAUCUUAAUUUAAUAUCUUCAUCAGUAACUGCUGAUAUUGAAGAUUUCUCUACCUUCUCUUUCUUGGAUUCACAAGAUAAAAGUGCUGUGAUUGCAAAAAACAUGCAUUAUUUAACCCUAGAAGAUGACGUAGCUUGUGCCGUCACUCUGUGGAUCAUUGCUGAUUUUGAGGUGCCAUCUGGGAGGAGGCUGCUGUUGAAUGCAUUGACGCACAUGAAAACAAGUGUUCAUAGUCGUUUGGGGAUUAUUUAUAAUCCUACAUCAAAGAUAAAUGAAGAGAACACAACUAUUUCUAGAGGAAUUUUGGCAGCUUUUCUUACACAUAAAAACAGCCUUUUAAUGAGCUUCCUCAAGAAUCUGGCAAAAGAAGAAACUUCUGCAGCUAUUUACUCUGGAGUUAAAAUGAAGACAUUCCUUUCUAAGGGGAUGGAUAAGAAUGCUUUUGAGAAAAAAUAUAAUACCAUAGGAGUACAUAUUUUCCGAACUCAUCAACUAUUCUGCCAAGAUGUACUGAAACUGAAAUCUGGAGAGAUGGGAGUUGUCAGCAAUGGGAAGUUCUUCGGACCUUUAAAUGAAAAUUUCUACAUGGAAGAUUUUCACUUGUUGGAAAAGAUAACAUUUAGUAAUUUAGUACAAAAGAUUAAAGACAUCGUUGAAAGACUAGACAUCCACUCAAAACACGUGAGUGACCUUGUGAUGAAGAUUGAUGCACUCUUUUCAUCUUUGCAUAUGCAUGCAACUCGGCAUAAUGUCAACUUUCAUAAAGAGAAUCACAGUGUUGUAAAGAUAAGUCCUGCAGAGCCAGACAUGGUCUUUGAUGUCAUUGCUAUUGUUGACCCCUUGACAAGAGAAGCACAGAAGAUGGCACAGUUACUGACUGUCCUUGGUAAGAUUACCAACAUGAAGAUCAGACUCUUCCUGAACUGCAGGGGUAAGCUUUCAGAGGCCCCUCUGAACAGCUUUUACCGUUUUGUGCUGGAAGCAGAACUGCUGUCAGGGGCUAAUGACAGUCCUUAUGGGCCUGUGGCAAAAUUCCUGGAUGUUCCUCAGUCAUCCCUUCUGACUCUCAACAUGAUCACACCAGAAGGCUGGCUGGUUGAGACAAUGCACAGCGACUGUGACCUUGAUAAUAUUCACCUGGAAAACAUUGAGAAGACUGUUGUAGCAGAGUAUGAGCUCGAACAUCUCCUGCUGGAAGGGCAUUGCUUUGAUGUGACAACAGAACAACCCCCUUGGGGUCUGCAGUUUACACUGGGCACAAAACACAAGCCUGUUUUGGGUGAUACAAUAGUGAUGGCUAAUCUUGGGUAUUUUCAAUUAAAAGCAAACCCCGGUGCUUGGAUACUGAAAUUACGUGAAGGAAAAUCUGAAGAUAUUUAUGAAAUAGUUGGGCAUGAAGGAACUGACUCUCAGCUGGAUGUAGGAGAUGUCAUUGUUGUACUAAACAGUUUUAAGAGCAAGAUUCUGAAAGUGCAGGUACGGAAGAAAAAAGAUAAAAUCAAGGAAGAUAUCCUUGCUGAUGAAUAUGAAAAUAAAGGAAUAUGGGAUUCAAUUAAAAGUUUCACAAGAACUUUGCGUAAAGAAGAUCCAAAAAAGGAAAAUGAUGUUCUAAACAUUUUUUCAGUUGCUUCUGGCCAUUUAUAUGAGCGCUUUCUAAGGAUUAUGAUGCUUUCUGUUUUACGUAACACCAAAACACCAGUGAAGUUUUGGUUUCUCAAAACUUAUCUGUCACCAACAUUUAAAGAGGUAAUUCCUCAUAUGGCUAAGGAAUAUGGGUUCCAGUAUGAACUGGUCCAAUAUAAGUGGCCCCAUUGGCUUCAUCAACAGACUGAAAAGCAACGGAUCAUUUGGGGAUACAAAAUUCUUUUUCUUGAUGUGCUUUUUCCACUAGCAGUGGACAAAAUCAUAUUUGUUGAUGCAGACCAGAUUGUGAGACAUGACCUAAAAGAACUUCGAGAUCUUGAUCUGGAUGGAGCUCCUUAUGGGUACACUCCAUUUUGUGAUAGCCGUACUGAUAUGGAUGGAUAUCGUUUCUGGAAAACGGGAUACUGGGCAUCACAUCUUGUAAAAAGGAAAUACCAUAUCAGUGCCUUAUAUGUGGUGGAUCUCAAGAAGUUCAGGAUAAUUGCAGCAGGUGACAGGCUCAGGGGCCAAUAUCAAGCUCUCAGCCAAGAUCCAAACAGUCUUUCAAACUUAGACCAAGAUCUUCCCAACAAUAUGAUUUACCAAGUUGCUAUUAAGUCUCUUCCUCAAGACUGGCUGUGGUGUGAAACCUGGUGUGAUGAUGAGUCCAAACAAAGAGCCAAAACAAUUGAUCUGUGCAAUAAUCCCAAAACAAAAGAACCCAAACUAAAAGCUGCUGCAAGGAUUAUCCCAGAAUGGGUGGAAUAUGAUAAAGAGAUACGACAGUUAUUAGAUCACCUUGAACAACAAAGGGAAAGUGCAGUUUUGGCACAUGAUGAACUCUAGCACUGGCUCAUAGAGAAGAAAGUAUGAAACAUCUUCCACCUGCUGGGAAUGUGUGGAACUACUGCUAAGAUGAAUAGGAAGUUUCCUUCAAUUUAAUAACAUUCUUCAAUCUGUAUGAGUUUUAUUUAAGAUACAUGUAUAAAAUAAGCUCAAGUUAUGUAAUAAAUGGCCAUAGAGUAUUUAAAACUAGA